UCCACCCAAACCCUUCACUCUCACACCCAACAAUGGCAGACCAACCAUCCUCACCCGACCCCUACAAGCUUCUCAAACUCGUUCCCAACCCAGAUGGCUCAUUCACCCGCCUCACCAGCCCCCCAACCGCGCCCACAACCGAGUCACUCCCUGCCGAUCCUCACCUCAACUCAUCCCAACUCGUUCUCUCCAAGGACAUCCCUCUCGACCCAAACUCCCAAACCUUCCUCCGCCUCUUCAAACCCCACAACCUCCCCACAAACUCUAACCUCCCUCUCAUCAUCUACUUCCACGGCGGCGGCUUCGUCCUCUUCAGCGCCGCCUCUCAGCCUUUCCACAACUUCUGCUCCCAACUCGCCCUCUCUCUCCCCGCACUAGUCCUCUCCCUCGAGUUCCGCCUCACCCCCGAGCACCGCCUCCCCGCCGCCUACGAUGACGCCGCUGCAGCCCUCAACUGGGUCAGAAACCAAGCCUCCACCGCCGACGGCGACUCUUGGCUUGAAAACUCUGUCGAUUUCUCCAAGUGUUUCUUGAUGGGAAGUAGCGCGGGAGCUAACAUCGCCUACCACGCGGGUCUACGCGCUUCCGGUAUGGAUCUCACCCCGAUCAAGAUCCGAGGGCUGAUAUUGCAUCAGGCGUAUUUCGGUGGGAUCCAGAGGACGGAGUCGGAGAUAAGGCUGGCCAACGACCGGGUGCUGCCGUUAGUUGUUAACGACGCUCUGUGGGCCCUGAGUCUGCCGGAGGGGGCUGAUCGUGACCACGAGUAUUGCAAUCCGUUUGUUAACGGCGGUGAUGAGAGGAUCGGACGGCUGCCGAGGUGUUUGGUGAAUGGGUACGGUGGGGAUCCACUGCUGGACAGGCAGAAGGAAUUUGCGGGGUUAUUGGAAUCACGCGGGGUGCACGUGACGGGCCGGUUGGAGGAGGUGGGGUUUCAUGGUGUGGAGCUAUUUGACCCGAAAAAGGCCGAGGCUUUAUAUGAAGUUGUUAAGGAAUUUAUCGUCUCUUGUUGUGCACACGGUGGCGAUGAGGUUGUUGUUGCAAAAUCUUCUAUGUGACUAAAAUGGCUAAUGGAGGCUAAGGGUUGGAGUCUUGGAGCCGAUUGAAUAAUUUUGUACUCUCUCAAUUCAAGAAUUUUAAUUGUGGUUAUAAUUAAUGUUGAUGAUGGUUACAUCAAAUCGGACUGAACUCAGUCUUCGAAUAUC